AUGGUGACGCAGCAGAAGGAGGUGUUGCUGGUCUGCGACUUUGAUAAGACCAUCUCGGACUUUGACGCGGGCGAGCGCCUCGUGGGCGAGCUGGCCCCCGAGCUGGCGCCCCAGCUGGCGACCCUCCAGAUGCCCGCCAACUUUGUGCCCCUCACCAACGACGUCCUCGCCGAGAUGCAGCGCCGCGGCGUCAGCCGCGACGCGAUGCUCGCCGCGCUGCAGCGCAUGGGCGCCGAGCUGCCGCCGGCGUCGGUGCGCAUGCUGCGCGGCGCGCGGGCGCGGGGGGUGGACGUGAAGGUGUUGUCCGACUGCAACUCGGUGUUCAUAGGCCACGUCCUCGCGGGCGCGCGGCUGCACGGCUGCGUGCAGGACGUCAUCACAAACGGCGCGUCGUUCGAGCGCGUCGCGACGUGCGCCGACGACGCGGUGGGCGUCGGGCUCGGCGCGCCCGCUGCGGCGGCGGAGCAGCAGCAGCAGCAGCAGCAGCGGUCGUCGUCGCACCGCCACGACGAGCUGGCGCAGCUGGUGGAGCGGCUGUCGGCGCCGCGCGGCGGCGGCGCGGCGGCGCUCGUCAACUGA